ACGGGUUUACCUGAUUCCUCAGUCUUGUCUGAAUCUCAUUGCCGGGCACAUCGAGUACUAUUACCAAGUUACACUUGGCUGCAAUUUAAAAUAUCAGUGACAACUUUUUUUUUUGUUAUUAAUUUUUCAUUCGUAUAAAAUUUAUUUAAACAACACACAGCAUCAAGAAGGCAGCAAUAAUUUACAUUGGAGUUAACAAGGAAAAAAAAAGAUUAACAAUAUGGAUAAGUUUUUAAUAUACUUGUUAUUUAUCACAACGGCAUGGGCUGCACAGUGCCCGGGAAGUAAUAAAUGUGAAAACUAUGAAAUAGUUUCAAAUGAUACGCACGAAAUUUAUUACGGUAUCAUUGACAAAAAAAAAUUAUUUUCAAUAUUAUUGGAGGAUGUCUCAGAUUCUGUCAUCAGCUCAAAAUUUUUAUCAAAUUGGCCUCAGUUAUUGGACAUGACUUAUUCUCCAAAAAAUAAAAAUAAUUUGAAUGUUAAUUUUCUGCAAUGUAAAUUUCCUGAGAAGACUGAUGUCAGUAAUGCAGUUCGGAGAAUAUAUAAACAUGUUAAUAUCACUAAAUUAGUGAUACAAUCAUCGUCAUUUGGCGACGGAUUUGCGUCAUUAUCGAAAGGAUAUUUGAAAGACUUUAUAAGUCUCCGUAGAAUUUCGCUGAUUGACAACAUCAUGGAAAAUAUUGGCAAUGAUUUCUUUGAAGGUUUUUCGAAUCUCGAAUAUCUUUCUCUAAGAAAUAAUCAACUGAAGAAAAUUCCUUCCAAACUAUUGGAGCCUUUGUCAAACUUAAAACAAGUAGAUUUAUCAGACAAUGAUUUUUCUACUCUAAGCCCAACGUUACUUCGCAAUAACACGAAAUUAGAAUCAUUUGAAUUGUCAAAUAAUGCUCAGUUUCUUCCUUUGCUGCCCAAUAAAUUUUUUGUAAACUUGAAAAAUUUAAAAGAAGUCAAAAUAACAAAUAGUCAUGUUAUGCAACUCCCAGAUGAUUUAUUUUUAGGAACUACUGGAUUGAAAAAUUUGAAUUUAUCAGCGAAUCAUCUGUUUUACAUUCCACGGGAAUUAUUUGGAGAUUGUAAAAAUUUAAAAACUUUGGAUCUUAGCUCAAAUCAUUUUUCUAAUGAUCUUUUUUUCUCUGAUAACGCAUUUACGUCAUUAAAUAAAUUAGAGAAUCUCUAUUUGUCUAAUAAUAAUAUUACGUCACUUAGCAGCAAUCUUCUUGCUGGCUUAUCGUCACUAAAUUUUUUGGAUAUGAGUCACAAUGACAUGAUAACGAUAGACCCACGUGCGUUUUACAACUUGGGAAGUCUUAAGUACCUCGACUUUUCUAAUAACGUUUUGACAUUAAAAUCGGACAGUUAUAUUGAUGAAUUUGGUCCAAUUUCACCAUUUCACCACAUCAAAAAAUCUGUACGAGAAAUAAACCUUGCCUACAAUAAUAUCAGUGAAAUUUUUGGUGACUGGAUUUUAGCAGCUGAUAUUAGAAUUUUAAAUCUCAGUCAUAAUUAUGUUAAUUCUCUAAAGACGGCAGAUCUUCAAUUUGUAUCACGAGAUGUUUACUUGGAUUUAUCUUUCAACAAAAUAGAGCAAAUUUAUUUUGGAGAAGUUGAAAUUUCUGAUGAAGAUCAUCCAAAAUAUCUUAUCGUGGACAUAGAAUACAAUCCGUUAAUUUGUGAUUGCAACAUGUACAGUACUUUGCAAUUUUUGGAUAACAAAAUGCCUUUCGCAACAGUACUAUUUGAACUGGCUAUUGAUAAAUUGAAAUGCAAUGGAAAAGUUAGCCCACCUAAAACUUAUGCUUGUGAAUUCCAAGAAAUAUUAUUAGAUGACGAAAUUGGAAUGUGUCCUGAAAAUUGCUCCUGCAAAGUCAGACCAGCAGACCAAAGAUUUUUGGUUGACUGUUCAUAUCGAGAGCUUACAGAAGCGCCGAGUGUCAUCAAUUGGUUCCUUUCAGCUGAUAUAGAAGUAAAUUUAACAGGAAAUCAUUUAACAAGAAUCCCAUUUAAAAAUCAAACUGGAUACGACCAAGUCACUGUUCUUUCACUUUCACACAACAAAAUCAGUGAGAUUCCAAUAAAUAUGUCCUUCAACUAUUUAGAAGAAUUGUAUUUAGAUAAUAAUGAUAUAACCAAAAUUGAUGAUGAAGUUUUGGAGAUACUACAGGCAUCAAAACAUCUGAGAAAUCUUACUCUACAUAACAACAAACUGGCAUUCGAUUGCGAUUCAAGUAAUUUACUGACAUUCAUCCAGAAUAUGCAGGUUAAAAUUCCCGAACUACAAAAAAUAACUUACGGCCACAAUGAAAUACCUAUUUCUGAAAUUACUCCUGAGGAAUUGUGUUCAUUGAAUCUCGAGUGGGUAAUAUAUGUUUGUAUGGUAAUCGCUAUUGUAGGAAUAAUUAUUGGAAGUCUUUUCGUAUGGUAUUGUCAUCAUGAACACGAAAUAAAAGUAUGGCUUUAUGCUCAUGAGUGGUGUCUCGGGUUUGUUACCGAAGAAGAGCUUGACAAAGAUAAAAUUUUCGAUGCAUUCAUAAGUUUUUCGCACAAAGACGAAGAAUUCAUAGCAUAUGAAUUAGUUCCAAAGCUACGACAAGGACCUAAUCCACUGAAACUCUGCGUAAAUUAUCAUAGUUGGGUAGCAGGUGAAUGGGUUCCUCAGCAAAUCUCAAAAUCUGUCGAUCAAUCGCGACGAAUAAUUAUUGUUCUUUCUCCAAAUUAUUUGGACAGUAUCUGGGGUAAAUUGGAGUUUCGUGCUGCUCAUAAUCGAGCACUUGAUGAAGGACGAGCUCGAGUUAUUGUUAUUCUUUAUGGCGGUAUCCAGCCAUCGGAUAUCGCUGAUCCAGAAUUAAAAGCGUAUCUCAAUAUGAACACUUAUGUCCAGUGGGAAGACCCAUGGUUCUGGGACAAAUUGAGAUACGCUCUCCCUCAUUCUAAAAAUUUGGUGAAGAAAAAUAAGACUGUAUUUAAAACUCAACGUCCGACUUUACAAAUUAAAAAUGAUAAUACAUCAAAAUUAUUGACCGAGAAAAUUGAAAAAUCUACUCCGGAUAUUUUAGUUAUAUAGUUAUGCUAGAGGACUUAGAUAAUCCAGUGUACCACAGCUGUUUUAAAAAUUAAUUUUAGUAAUGCGCGCCAAAAAUACCGAAGAAAUUGGGUGAAAAGUUCCGAAAUGCGCUGCGAGCAGGUGUAGCAUAACGCAUUUCGGAAUGCACCCUUAUUAAUUAUUCUUAUUGCUUGCGCGGUUAAUUUAAAUAUUUGGAAAAUAAAUUAUUAGAAAUUGGAGAAGACUAAAAAUCAUAAGUCAAAAUAAAAUGGCGGCAGAAUAUGAUAGAAAAAUAUUUAAAAAAUAAAAAAAAAAACACGCAAGUGUUUGAGCAAACCUUGGUGGGGAAAUAAUAUGCAGAAGGGUGUCCUAAUACACUUGGAGAUUUUAUUCAAAUUGCUCCAAGUGUAUUGCAACUAAAAAAACGUCACUUAACUGCUAUUCCCCACCAGAUUAUGCCAGAUGAUUUUGCUCAGGAACUUGGAAGUUAUCAGCAUCAGCAAUUCGCAACACUUUACACUAGCACUGAACACUCAACACUUAACGACACCACAGACACUUUACACAAUUUAAAUUUUACAAACACUCCACAUUUUAAUUAAACAAUUACUAUGAGCAAUAAAUUUUAUGGAUAAUUCCGCGAAUUAAUUGCAAUACUGCGUUUCAAUUUAAACGUAAAGAAGGAUCUGGACUACUACUGCCAGUGUUGAUGAUACUGACUGUCGCUAUUGGACCACCAGUUGAUACAAAGCAAUCGACUUUGCAAUCAUUCGACCGCCCCAAUUUCGCAAAAAUUUAAACGUUGAAUAUAGUGAUACGCAGUAGCGCCAUCAUGGCGCAAAAUUUCAAAAUUGAAAUUUAAUAAUUUUAUUAAAAUUUAUAAUAAUAAUUAUGUUAAUUAGACUAAAAAGUAUGCUCGGAAUUUUUUAUUUUCAUUAAUAAUUUAUUAAUUAUUUAUGAUCCUGAAGUUAGCAGACAAUUAGUAAUUUUCAGAUUUUUUUUUAACAAAUCAAUUACAAAAAAACGAAAACUAAAAAUAUGCACAUGUAGAAAAUUUAAAAAACUACAAAUGCAAUAUUUCAAAUAUUUUUUUUUUUUACAAUUUAUUGUUUAAAAAAAGUCCAAAAAAAUUGUCAACGAGGAAGAACCGUCAGUAAAGCACCCCUAGCGCUUUCGCACUUGAGGUGCGCAAAAUUAUUAGACGUCAGCUAACUUCAGUAUCAUAAUUAUUCUUAUUACUUGGGCGGUGAAUUUAGACAUUCGAAAAAUAACUUAUUAGAAAUGGGAGAAAAAUUAGAAAUCGUAAAUCAAAAUAAAAUGGCGGCAAAAAACGAUAGAAACAUUUAAAAAAAAACACGCAAGUGUUUCGCACAAAAAUCGUGCUGCUACGACGUCUGCUGUUGAGCUGCAGCGCUGCACUACGCUACAGCAUUUCGGAAUGCACCCAUUAUCUCUUAAAAAUUUGGCUCUCGCUGAAUUUUUUAAUUUUACAUCUAUUAAGUUAUAAAAGAAAGAUUUGUAUUUGUAUACUUUAAUAAAUAAUAUGUAUUGUGUAUUACAAUAAACAUAAUUUCUAUUUAUGUACAUAUAACUCCAUUUAUUUGAAGGAUAUACUUAUAUAUCAUGUUUGUGUUCGUAGCCUAUUAACUUUUUUUUUCGGACUCUGAACUGUGAAUCCAAAGAAAAAAAAAAAUUUUUUUCUUUGGUAUGCUAAGUAGAGUUUACCUACAUUUCCAACCCAUGUAACACAAAUAUUACUACAGGUAUCAGUCGAAGGCAUUAGUCAUCAUACAAAAUGUUCUAACCCCCUAGACUGAUAUAUUCAAACUGUAGUAAUAUUUUUGGGUUGGAUUAUAAUAUAGGUCCAGCAAUGUCCUAGAGAUGAAUUGCUGGACACGGAAGUGGGGUCACACCUGCGUAGCCAAACUGUCAAACAGUCCUCAGUAGAGGCGCUGUUUUUCAGUAGCCUAUUAACUUAACCUGGUUCAUCAUUAAUCAGUUAACCUGGUCGUUACAGGUUAUCUGUAUACUAAAACUAAAACAUAAAAAGUACAAAAAAUGUACAUAUCUCUUUAUGUAAUUAGUUGUAAUCCAAAAUAUUAAUGUAAUUAUUAUUAAGUUCACUGUAUUUAUUCAU